CUGAAACACCGAAACUUUUAAGCGAGGGAGAUGGAGAUGCUUGCGCUUCUGUUGAUAUGCGUCCUUAAAACCAUGGUGCACUUAGGCAACGGACAGCAAGAUUUACGCGCGCCUGUUGGACCCUGGAGACACAAAAUCGAGUGGGAAAACAACGGACGGGUUUUCAGUUUACUGAGCACAGGAACCGAGUACCUCUCACCCGUCCAGCGAAGGAGACAGACUCGGCUUCUCCUGACAGGCAACGGGGGGGCAAACCGACUGCGCCACCCCAAUGUAGUCGCCAGAUCACCCAGGAGGCACAGGGGUCAAAUGGUCUCGUUGGUUCUUGGCGCCGAAGCGGCACACUAUUUACCUGCAACUGACCCAAGAAGUCAGCACCCAGCCGGCAUCACACCCAUAAGAGAAACGGGCAACGGACCACAGCCCUCUCCUGCGAUUGAAUACUCGGGUGUUGGGGUACCAUGGGGACGAGGUGUCACCGGAGACGAUAGUAGCAGCGUGCCGGUUCGAACACAAACCCCCACCGCUUCGCCAUCACGAUCACCAGCCACGCUUGGCACCAAUUUGACAGACCUGUUGGCGAACCCAGGAACCAUUUCACCCACACACACCGAAGCGGGACGGACGGAUGGUGUUGAUGGUGGACCAGGUAUUCAGCAGUUGCGCACAGGAGUCGUUGGCAACUUGUCGAGAGCGCACGCAUUACGCAGAGGUAUACCGGAGUCUGGCAUUUCCCCGACACCGCUAUCUGAUAACGCGAUAGAGACGCACGUUGCUGGUGUACACCCAGAAGCAGUACCAACCUCGGACAACGUGGGUACCCAUGAAAUAGACCCACGUGGCAAUUUCAGAAACUCUGUUUACUACGGUGUCCAGCCGCCUGCCGGUAGGAGCCGCUCAGCCGCGCGCCAUCCAACGGGAACGGGCCAUGGCACCCGGUUCUUCCGUAAUGGUCUACCGGACCUGGUUCCUGACCCCUAUUACAUCCAAGCUGCCUCCUACAUUCAGAGAGUGCAGAUGUACGCUUUACGCUGUGCCGCGGAGGAGGGCUGCCUCACCAGAUCAGCGCACCGAGCGAGUGACCUGGACUACAGGGUUCUGCUGCGCUUUCCUCAGAGGGUGAAGAACCAGGGAACCGCUGACUUCCUGCCCGCCAAGCCCAGACACGAGUGGGAGUGGCACAGCUGUCACCAACACUAUCACAGCAUGGAGGCCUUCAGUAACUACGACCUUCUCGACGUCACCACGGGGAGGAAGGUGGCCGAGGGGCACAAGGCCAGCUUCUGCCUGGAGGACACUUCCUGUGACCCGGGAGUGCGGCGGCGCUACGCCUGCACGGCUCACACGCAGGGGCUCAGUCCAGGCUGCUAUGACACCUACCACGCCAGCAUCGACUGCCAGUGGAUCGACAUCACGGAUGUGGCCCCCGGAAACUACAUACUCAAGGUCACGGUGAACCCAUCUCAGCUCAUCCCGGAGCAGGACUUCUCCAACAACGUGGUGCGAUGUGACAUCAGAUACACUGGCACCUUCGUCCAGACGCGCAACUGCAGAAUCUCUGUGAGCUAAAGCAGAGUACUGGACUACAAAAAGAAACGAAAACUACAACCAAUAUAGCCAUAUUAUAUAAUGUUAUAAUCUGUCUUUAGUUUGUCCAUAAAUCAAUUUCACCUGAUACUUUUAG